GCCACAAUGGCGACAGUUUCUUCCCAUUUCUUCACAGUGUAGUGGCUGGCAGGUGAUUAGCACAGCUAAGCUUCUCUCUUCAGCCACUAUUUGAGUGACAAAUCUGGAUAGCUGUACAUCCCUACGAGAAGACGAACUGUCAAGAUGGAUAUCUCAAAACUUCCAAAGAUCCAGGAUUCGGAGCGAGAAAGCCAGUUUGGAUACGUCCAUGGAGUUUCUGGACCAGUCGUGACAGCUACAGCGAUGGCCGGAGCUGCCAUGUACGAGCUGGUGCGCGUAGGCCACAGUGAGCUUGUGGGAGAGAUCAUCCGUUUAGAAGGAGACAUGGCCACCAUCCAGGUCUAUGAGGAAACUUCUGGGGUGUCGGUGGGUGACCCAGUCCUUCGCACAGGUAAACCCCUCUCUGUGGAGUUGGGACCAGGAGUCAUGGGUUCCAUCUUUGACGGCAUCCAACGACCACUGAAAGACAUCAAUGACCUCACGAAAAGCAUCUACAUCCCAAGAGGAGUGAACAUUGGCGCCUUGAACAGGGACCUCAAAUGGGAGUUUACACCUAGCCACAGUCUUCGGGUUGGCAGUCACAUUACAGGUGGUGACAUCUAUGGCAUGGUGUUUGAGAACUCCCUAAUAAAGCACAAACUGAUGCUUCCGCCUCGGAGCAGAGGCACCGUCACCUACGUGGCGCCACCCGGAAACUACGACGUUUCUGAUGUGGUUUUGGAGCUGGACUUUGAAGGCAUCAAGGAGAAGUUUACCAUGGUGCAGGUGUGGCCGGUACGACAAGUCCGCCCAGUCACGGAGAAAUUGCCUGCCAAUCAUCCUCUACUCACCGGUCAGAGAGUCCUGGACGCACUUUUCCCCUGUGUGCAGGGUGGCACCACAGCUAUACCAGGUGCCUUUGGCUGUGGAAAGACUGUAAUCUCCCAGUCAUUGUCCAAAUACUCUAACAGUGAUGUCAUCAUCUAUGUUGGGUGCGGGGAGCGUGGGAAUGAAAUGUCAGAGGUGUUGCGAGAUUUCCCUGAGCUCACAAUGGAAGUUGGCGGCAAGGUGGAGAGCAUCAUGAAGAGAACGGCACUUGUUGCGAACACAUCCAACAUGCCCGUGGCUGCCAGAGAGGCUUCAAUCUAUACAGGGAUCACACUGUCUGAAUACUUCCGAGAUAUGGGUUACAACGUGAGCAUGAUGGCCGACUCAACGUCGAGAUGGGCCGAAGCUCUGAGAGAAAUCUCUGGGCGAUUAGCCGAAAUGCCCGCCGACAGCGGGUACCCAGCCUACUUGGGCGCUAGGCUCGCCUCCUUCUACGAGCGAGCGGGACGCGUGAAGUGUUUAGGGAAUCCCGAGAGAGAAGGCAGUGUCAGCAUAGUCGGAGCUGUGUCGCCCCCUGGUGGAGACUUCUCAGACCCCGUCACAUCAGCCACAUUGGGUAUUGUUCAGGUGUUCUGGGGGCUAGACAAGAAGUUAGCUCAGAGAAAACACUUCCCGUCUGUGAACUGGCUGAUUAGCUACAGCAAGUACACUCGGGCGCUGGAUGAAUACUACGAUAAACACUUCCCUGAGUUUGUACCGCUUCGUACAAAAGCCAAGGAGAUUCUCCAGGAGGAGGAGGAUCUGGCUGAGAUAGUGCAGCUUGUAGGAAAGGCUUCUCUUGCCGAGACCGACAAGAUCACGCUGGAAGUCGCAAAGCUCAUUAAAGAUGACUUCCUGCAGCAGAACGGUUAUACACCUUACGACAGGUUCUGCCCCUUUUACAAAACAGUCGGCAUCCUCUCGAACAUGAUUGCCUUUUACGACAUGUCGCGGCACGCCGUAGAGUCCACGGCGCAGAGCGACAACAAAAUUACCUGGGCCAUGAUCAGGGAGCACCUGGCCGAGAUCUUGUACAAGAUCAGCUCUAUGAAGUUUAAGGACCCAGUCAAGGAUGGAGAAGCUAAGAUAAAAGCAGAGUUCGCCCAGCUGCUGGAGGACAUGCAAAAUUCGUUCCGGACCCUGGAGGAAUGAGUUCUUCAACUCUUAAGCACCUCCCCCCUCAAUUUCUCAACCCCAUAUUUGUUGGUACAGUGUAGUGCAGAUUAAAUGGUCCUAUUUCUGAAUGUUAAAUGAACUCCUUUCUGUUUACUCUCCUGUGUAAGCAUUCCAUCAUGUGCACCCAUUUUACAGUUCAUCCUGUUGAUUUACAUCUACUGUAAAAAGGACAAGUCAGUAUGUAUUUAUUUAAACAUCACAACUUUGCAGUCAAAACAGGUGCUGCUGCAAAGAGAGGGAAUCUACUGGGAACAUGCACAUGAAUAAUGGGACAUUGUGUUGUUUGGAGGGAUGGUAAGCAAUCUUCCACCGCUUAACCUCCAAAGUCUGAUGAUGAUGUGAUUUUGUGGACUAUAUACUUGAUAUGUGUAAAAUGUGAAUGAAUGAGUCUGUUAGAGUUGUGUUGGAACAAAACAUGUCUAUGUGAAGUCACGUGUGUAUCAUGAAAUAAAAUAUGCAAUAUAUCCUG